AUGGCGCCGUCUCUGAAUACCCACCCGUCCUUCACGCGGCCACGCACCGGCGACCGUGAAGGCCGUCCCAGCACCCGUGACCAGGGCGACACCAACCUCAUCAUCCCCAGCCGAACGUCAUCGCUCCAUUCCCGCAUCACGCAGCCCAUCCCGUCCACCCUGAACAGCAAGCCUCAGCAGCGGACGCCCAAGACCCUCACCCAUGCGUACAUGGUGUGCGGUGUCGGCCGUGAGCCGUCCCAGUGGGUGAAAGCUCCGUCGCCAUCUCAAGGGAAGAUCGGCCACAUGAAGGGUGCUGUCGGCCAAUUCUGGCUGCCUGAAAUUCUCGGUAGCAGCCCGCGUCUGGAGCAGGACAACGAGAUCGCCCGCUCACUACACGCUGCUAUGCGGGCCUGCUUUCCUCACGACGUCGAGAUCUGCACCGGCCGCAGCCAGCCUCACUGUGUGCAUCACGCCUUCGUCCUGCAGCAGGACUCCUCGCACACUCUGUACGGCAUCUGCCUGCGGGUCUGGUCGAGGGCUGACGAGAAGCGUGCUGAGACGAUCCGCGACCUUCGCAAGCGCACCGAGUCCGACUUUUACGACAGCGCUGACGAGACAUACUGGAUUCCUUACUGCCUGUCCUUCCUGUCGCGCUAUCCGCUGUACAACCUCCUGGGCGACUACCUCCGCGGCAUGUGGAUCCACUGGAACAAGGCCACCAACCUCUUCCACGCCGAGGAGGUCUCGCGCAUCCUGAGCUUCCCGGCGCCGCGGCUCAACGACCUUGUCCGGAUCGACAUGAAGGACUACGCACUCUGCUACCAAUUUCCUUCGUCUCCGACCGGCUUCCAAAACUUUGCCAUGUGGCCGAUGUUCUGCUGCCUGUCGAUUCCCAACAUUGUCGGCGUCAUCGAGGCGGCCGUGUCUCCGACUCGCCGGAUCAUCUUUGUCAGCCACUAUCCGGCCAUGCUCACCAUGGCGGCCGAGACAGUCCGCUUCUGCGUGCGCGUUUACGAGUGGAGCGGUCUCUAUGUGCCGGUCGUCCACGCCCGCCACGCAAAGGAGCUCGUUGACGAGCCUGGCCCGUACAUCCUCGGCAUCACUGCCGAGUGCCGUUCGCUGUUCACUGCGCCUAGCGACGCCCUCGUGGUGGACCUGGACCGCAAUUUUGUUCUCACGUCGAGCCCGCCCACUGCUCUGACACCUGGCCAGCGCAACAAGUUCGUUAGCCGCCUGACAGAGUCCCUCAACGGUGACGUGACGCCGUCGGGUGUUCCUCAGCACCUGCGCUCGGCCUACGGCGGCGGCAAGCUUGUGCCGGCCGGUCAGAUCAUCGUUAUGCGGGGCGAGGUCGAGUCGAUUCAGGACCCAGAGUGGUGGAACCAGGACGCCAUUAUGGCUGUGAUGGACCACGUGUGCGAGAAGAUGGGACGGAACUCUGGCGUCAAGGCCGUGUUUGGUGGCUCGGUGAAGAAGCCGCUGAUGACCAAGGUCUCGAUGCGUCACCUGAACGAGAUUGUGCGGGAGCGCAACCAGUACUCUCGCGAUGCUCUGGAGGCAUGGCAGGACUUUAUCAAUCUGAAGGGCCGCAUGGACACGGAGCUGGCCAAGGUGACCAAGCGCAACAACUACCUCGUGGAGGAGCUGGAAAGCUGGAAGCAGCAGUUCCUCAAAUUCCAGGCCUUUGCCGAGACGCUCACCAAGGAGACGCAAGACCUCAAGGUCAAGAUUGAGAACCACAAGCGGGAGAACCGCCGGCUUGGCGGUCUGAUUGACCAGCAGAAGGACGAUAAUGCCCGUCUGACGGUGCGGCUCACGGGCACGGAGAAGCAGCGCGACGACGCUCUUGAGGCGUUGGUGCUGCAGCAGGAGAUUGCAGAGGAGCUCGAGCGCGAGCGGCAGCGCAACAGCAAGGAGCUCACGGCUCUUCAGCACACCAAUGUGACGCUGGCACGGCAGCGCGACGAGGCGCGCCGCGUGGUCCUGCACCUGCGCAGCCUCAUCGGCGGCCAGACUCACCACAUGGAGCACCUGGUCGAGUCGCUGACCAAGCCGGAUGACAUUCUCGAGGAGCUCGAGAUGUCUUAUGAGGAUGACCUGGAAGGUACUCCGGAGGAAGUGCAAGAGCGUCUGCAGACGUUCCGCAGCAAGCGGAUGUCGUCGUCCAGCUUCAAGGACGUGGCAGACCGCCACCUCAAGGACAAGACGGAUGCGAUUGCACACAUCAUCCGCAACAUUGCAGAGCAGUGCCAGGCGGCGGUGGAGGGCCUGGAGAUGGCACAGGACGCGGUGAUGUCGGAGGACCGGCGCCGGUCGCUGAUGAACAGCCGGCGGAACAGCAACCUUUCGGUAGCAACAUCGGAGGGUUGCGAUGACGGCCGGCUGCAGCCGUCGGGCCGGACGUCGAGCAUCCCGCCGACGCCGGAUCUGAUAUCGAACCGGGCGAGCACGUCGAUGUCGAUCGCAUCGACGACAACAACGCCGGAGCGGUCGUCGCAGCAGUACAUGAUCGGUCACGACAUCCCGACCAAGAUUGUCGAGGACGAGGACGAGUAUGGCAACCGCAGCGACGUGGAGACGAUGCACAGUGUUGUCAACAAGCACUCGGAGAACCUGAUCCACCGCUCUUCCGUCGACGGACAGAUACGCGAACACGUGGCCAUGUCGGAUCCGCUAUUGACGACGCUGUGUGGUAUCUGCCGGGCAGUACCGCCUCGCUAUCGCUGUCCGCGAUGCGGAAUUCGCUACUGCUCGGUUGAGUGCAGCCGUCGCCAUCGAGCACGCGCAGGCUGCAGCGGCAUUCGGGACGUGACGGCGUACGUGCCGCGAGCAGACCUGUGCACACCAGCGGGUGUGGACCACGACUACAACUUUCUGCGCGGCAUCGAGCUGGCGCGCCAGCGCAACGAGCGCCACCUGGUCGAGGAGCGUCAUCUUUUGCGCAGCGGCGAUUUGCGGCCACCGGUUCUCGGCGAGGACGAUCAGCGUGGCGGCCGGAACACACGAGGUGGCGGCAGUUACCGGGGCUCGUCGAAGCGGCCAGGCGGACAGCAGUCGUCGGCGGCGGCGGCACCGGCCAUGGUUCUGCAGAAGCAAUGGCACGGCGACGAGCUACGAUUCGUGCCAGUGGUCGACCGUCGAGGCGCGGCAGCCAAGGUUGUGAACGGAAGCAGCCAUGGAGGCCCCAGCAAGAAGGUGCGGACGCUGUGUGAUCGCGACGGGAUCGAGCUGCUGGGCGUGCCGAUGGGCCUGUCGAGGCAGCGCGAGAACAACACGACGGUGGCGACGCUGAUGGCGUCGGGAGCGGGAAAGAGAGGACAGACAGCCGCCAAGGCGGAGGGCCAAGUACACCUGCACUGGCAGGUCGAGUGGCUCGUGUACGAGGACGGCCUGACGGCCAAGCCGACCCGCGUUUUGCGGCGGCUGCUGGAUCACGUGCCACUGUGCCGAGGAUACGCGGCCAUGAUGGCCUGGGUGCUGCAGCAGACGGGUGGCAUUGUGGACGAUGAUGUGGGCGACAGCCGGCGGAACCAGGGCCACACGAACGAAGACGGCGGCCCGAAGCUGCAGGCCAAGAAGCGACGAAUCCACCUGCUGUCGCAGCCGAGCAAGAACAAGAAGCGGCGCACGGCAGGAGGUUUGGCUGCGCGUCCGGAUCAGGGCCUCGGCGACUUUGCGGCGACCUAUGCCUGGCAGGACCCAAAGACGGGCGCAUGGGACGGCAGGACCGACGAGGACGAGAGCCCAGACGAGGACGAGGAUGGGGACGAACAAGACGACCAAGUCGAAGAUGAAGCUGUCACUGCGGCGCGGCGCGAUAUGCUGUUCUUUUUGCUGCGUCCACGCCUGCCGACAGCCAAGGAAGCCGGGGCCGAGAACAAGACCACUGCGCCUCCGCCACCAGCCGGCAAGGAGCUCAUCCCUCUGCUGCCCGGCGACACGCUGGCAACGGCUCUGCCAGGCCGCGCCGUGCUCGAGUUCCCGACCAUCUGUGUGUUGCGGCGCGGCGACGCCGACAUGACGGGCGGGCUGGUUUUGCCUCCGGGUCACGUGCUCGGCUCGACGGCUCGAAAGGUGGUCCACGCCGGCACACCGAUGCUAGGCGGAUUGUCGGCGUCAGUAGCGGUACAAGCAACUGAGGAUAGCGACACGAGCAGCUCGGGGACGACAAGUAGUGAGGAGAGUGGCGAGGACGACGACGAUGCGAGUGACAAAGAGGACGAAGAUGGCGCCGACAGCAAAAUGGCAGACGCCGCAGACAUCGACCCGGACCUGGACUCGGAUGCGGAAGACGGCUUGCCGCUGCUGCGCGGUCUCAAUGGUGGCUCUAAGUCACGACUGGUCGUGUACGACUCCUGGUCGGAAGCCUCCGGAGACGAGGGCAGCAACAAAAGGCCCAAGGCUGGGAAGAAGGACAAGAAUGUAUGA